AGACCAACUUGUUGCAUGGCGCUAGUAGGCCACCACAGACGCCUUGCCUCGGCUCACUCGUGAGUUGAGGGUGGUGAGGGCAGACCUUGUACAUUUAAAAGGGCCCCUCGUGCCUUCUGUUGUGUACUUACAAGUGUUUACUCGUGCGCACGUGCCCCCCUUGUGUCGGAUAGUCCGGUAACGAUGUCUGCCCUCCUGCCUCGGUCGCGAUCAGAAUGCCUCAUGGUAAAGGUCAAACUGCCGAAAUCCAAUCAAGGCGAGCACAGGGGCAAAGGCGGUGGCGGCUUGUCUGCGAGCAGCCCGGAGCUGAGGUCCAUGCUGGUGAGUGGUAAGAGAGUGAGUGUGUGUGUGCGCGUGUUUACAUCUGUUGGCGUGCUGCACGCGUGGUCUGUGAGUAAACAUGUUUGCUACUAACUUAGCUAGAGUUGAUCCCCCACCCUAUUUACACGUUUGUUUAUUUGAUUCGUUAGAAAGUACCGAGUGCAAAAACCUGUUUGUCACCCACCCAUUUCUUUAAAUUUUUUUUUUAAAAAUUGUGUGUCCAUCAAGUUGAAACGUUGUAACUGCGUCAGAGGUCACGUGGCUGUGAUGCACGGUUCCACAGGUCAAACAAAGUCUCGCCAGGGCCGGAUACCACAGGGCCUGGGGCUCGAUGGCGCAGGGGCGUUAGGACCCCACGUACAUUAUCGUCUGCUUGUCACACUCAGUUCUGCACACGUGGUUUGUGUAAAAAUAAAUGAAUAUGCGGCUUAGUCAUAAUCGCAGCUUAGUUGCACGAAUUAAAGGUACGGCUAAAGGCACGGCUAAAUGCACUGCUAAAGGCACGGCUAAAGGCACUGCUAAAGGCACGGCUAAAGGCACUGCUAAAGGCACGGCUAAAGGCCCAUAUGUUAGAUGUGUCCAGGGCCCCAAGGGCUUUGAUGCGUCCCUACUAAUCCGUGGACCCUAGUGCGCAGUAAGAAAUUAGCCUACAUUAAGACAAUGGCUGCACAUUAAUACAUAAUAUAAACCACAUGUAUAUCUCAAGAGGACUCUCAUAGAUUAUGCACUCUAUUUUUCUUUCUGUUGCCCUGGGGCCUUCACUAAGGGAGUACCUAAGGGCCACCUUGGCCUACCAUACACUGAUGAACAAACCAAGUCCCACCCCCCAAUCCUGACCUCUCCUCCUAUGACAUAAUACCUAAAGCGUUCCCGGGUCUCCUCGGUCCAGUGAAUCUACGGCAAUUCGGAUCGAUUGUUUUGACAAUGCCUUAUUUUAUUGGUGACUUGAGAAACAUUCGUGGCAUCAGUCCAUACCCUCAUCCAUAUGUUUGUUACAAGUUAUAACCAAUCUAUAUAUUGACAGAUACUCUUGACAGUGAGAUGGUUAUAUUGACAGAUACUCUUGACAGUGAGGUGGUUAUAUUGACAGAUACUCUUGACAGUGAGGUGGUUAUAUUGACAGAUACUCUUGACAGUGAGGUGGUUAUAUUGACACAUACUCUUGACAGUGAGGUGGUUAUAUUGACACAUACUCUUGACAGUGAGGUGGUUAUAUUGACACAUACUCUUGACAGUGAGGUGGUUAUAUUGACACAUACUCUUGACAGUGAGAUGGUUCAGGUACAGAGACAUGUUGCCCGGGGGGGGGGGGGGUUCAAGAUUUUUGGCAAACUUUUCCACGAAAAAAAAAAAAAAGACGGUUGGUCGAAAAUGACUCCCCGCCAAAUAAAGCAAUAAAGUACCACCCGGGGUGGACCGCCCCACCUGAAUGCAGUACAUAAGCCCCCGCACCAAGCCACCGUACCCCCUUCAUACGCUCCUGCCCCAGCAUAUUUUAUACUAGCUAAUGAUCCAUCAGCGAUGUGGUUCAAUUACUUUUGUUUAUUUUGUUGUUACUUUAUUGCUCUUUGCAAUAAAAUUCAAUCGGUCUCAAGUUGUUUUUCAAUUUUUAAAUUAGUAUUUUCUUAAUCACUACUUAUUAUAGAAUAGACAUUCUCCAGGAAAUCCCUAGUUUGAUAAAUAAAUACACUAUAAAGGGGACAAUCUAUGAUAAAAUCAUGUUAGGAUUUUUAAAAAUAAAUGAUCUCUCCUGCAUAUAGUCCUGCAUAUCGUGGCUGUGUUGCUUAUGGUUGAAAUGGCUAGAAAGACUUUGCCAUUGUAUGCUUGUACUUAGUUUUUGUAGUGUUGCGUUUGUUUUAAAUGUGGUAAAUUAUAGAUUUGUUUUUUGUUGACUUUGUACCGCGCUUCGAGCCUUUGGGGAUGAAGCGUGUUUUUGAAAUGAACUUUAUUAUUAUUAUUAUUAUUAUCUGUGACGUAUGUGUAGCAAGCACCUUUCAUGUUUCAUUGAGUUUUUUUCUUCUUCUUUUUUUAAUCCAGGAGAUACUUAUCAAAAAUGCGCCCUUAUCUCGUUUUACGUUAUGGUGCACCACUAUCAUCAACAAAUUAGGAAAAACCAAAAUUCAUAGUUUCAAAAAAAAAAGGAAUUUCCUACCCUGCGAAUUUAUUUUAAAUUUUUUUGGUUGCUUGUUAGAUUCAACAUACGCUUCCCUCAGGCAAUAUCGGCUCAUAAAGGCGUAUUAUUUAAAAAUAAGGAUUUUAAAAAAAAAGAAAGUUAGUUACAUUUUAACCGAAGGGGCACGACGCUCCCUAGAUUACCCUCCAAAAUCCUGGGGUGCCAAGGUCUCCAACAACACCAUUCAAAAUCCUGGGGUGCCAAGGUCUCCAACAACACCAUUCAAAAUCCUGGGGUGCCAAGGUCUCCAACAACACCCUUCAAAAUCCUGGGGUGCCAAGGUCUCCAACAACACCCUUCAAAAUCCUGGGGUGUCAAGGUCUCCAACAACACCCUCCAAAAUCCUGGGGUGCCAAGGUCUCCAACAACACCCUCCAAAAUCCUGGGGUGCCAAGGUCUCCAACAACACCCUUCACGCCUUUCAAACCGGCUUGGGGUAUAAUUGUGGAUCGUAUUCAGAAAUUUGAUCGAAAGAAAUUUCGUCGACGGUAAAUUGAUCGAACGGAACAAUCGAACGAAUCUUUUUUUUUCUUCAGUUUUUACGUUAAAAUUUUGCUUCAAAUUUUUUAUUGAACGCACUGAUUUGUUUUACUAUAUGGUGUAGUGCGGUCAACAAGAAAUUUGACGAAAAUGUUAACGUAAAAACUGAAGAAAAAAAUUCUACCAAAUUUCCAUUCGAUCUAAUUUCUGUCGAUCAAUUUACCAUCAACGAAAUUUCUUUAGAUCAAAUUUCCGGUAAUCAAUGUGGAUAGAAACUUGAAAGAAAAAGGGAAAAUGUAAGGAAUACCAACUAUAUAAGCGAUAGAUGGCCAACUAUGUGACAGAUUGCCAACUGUGUCACAGACCGCCAACUGUGUGACAGACCGCCAACUUUGUGACAGAUCGCCAACUGUGUGACAGAUCAUCAACUGUGUGACAGAUCGCCAACUGUGGGACAGACCGCCAACUGUGUGACAGACCGCCAACUGUGUGACAGACCGCCAACUGUGUGACAGACCGCCAACUGUGUGAUAGAUCGCCAACUGUACGUCACCACGAUUCCUCCUUGGUAGAAAGAAGAGGAGGAGGGGGGUUGCAGAAAAACAACACGCCCUCCAUUAGCCAGUGUUUCCGUAGGCGCCAGGGAUGCUCCCCAAGAUACAACACUGGUCCUAAGUGGUACCACAUGCAGCUUUUUGCAUUCCAUGCACAAUUGAUCCUGUUUGGCUGUCUCCAUAACACCCCCCCCACCCCAUCCCCUUCUUCUUCACCGUUAAUGCCAAUUGUUGCACCUUGAUGUCUGUGCAUUGCUUGGGGAUAUUGUUUGAAACUCGUGUUGUUGUCUUCCCGUCUGUUCACUGCGCAGAUUCACCUGAACACCACAGUGCCGCAGAACAUCUUCCCUCCGACGCUGUCAUCGACUCACACGCCACGGUCCAGAGGUCGUCACAAGUUUGGUCGGGUGGUCGAGUGGAUUGAGCGCCUCACCAUGCCGUCUUGCUGUGGGGUUCGAGUCAUGCUGGUCAUCUUGCAGGUGUGUAUACUAUGUAAAUUAAAAAUGAUCAGCUCUAUCACAUGAGGUCAAUGGGAGGCUUGAGGUCAGGUAUAUAAUUUACAGGUACUACUUGGACCAGGGGGGGGGGGUCAGCCAACUGCGACCCGCGACUUUUUCUGUGUGCGCCCGAGGACUCGGUAUCGAUUUUUGUAAUGCCAGAAGAAUGCAUGCCUGUUAACAUUGAUGAGUAUGCAUGGUACAAUAUAAAAUGAGUAAAACAGAGUAGGGUUAAACCUGAAAAAAAAAGGAACGCAACAAAACAACGAACGUGUCGGCAGAAAGCCUUCGUCAGCGAACAAAACAGGAAAAAAAACGGUAUAAAAAUAAAAAUAAGAAAUAUCACUUAGCUUAGAAGUAUAGUAUCCGUGGGCACCUAAGUGCUAUUUCUUACUCAUUUUAUAUUGUGCUAACCUGAUUGCAGUCUCUCCCCUUAUUACCCACGGCACAACACAAGGGUAGGGCACUGUGAAAGAGGUAGAACACCCAUUCCUCAGAACAGUGUUGAUUGAGAAUGGCUUGUGAAUUAUUAUUUUUUCUGUAUAUUUGAUACACACAAGCCGCAUUGUAUCUUAGCUUGCAAGGCGGAAUCAAAGCUUGUCUUAGAUAACUGCAUCGAUGUGAAGGCGCAAAGCUUGUCUUAGAUAACUGCAUCGAAGUGAAGGCGCAAAGCUUGUCUUAGAUAACUGCAUCGAUGUGAAGGCAUUGAGCAAACUGCAACCUGUUAUUAUCCGAUGAGCUCUGAGGGCAGAUUUUAUGAUCGGGACUUCUAACUUUGAAUAUCUAACUUUGAAUAUCUAACUUUGAAUAUCUAACUUUGAAUAUCUAACUUUGAAUAUCUAACUUUGAAUAUCUAACUUUGAAUAUCUAACUUUGAAUAUCUAACUUUGAAUAUCUAACUUUGAAUAUCUAACUUUGAAUAUCUAACUUUGAAUAUCUAACUUUGAAUAUCUAACUUUGAAUAUCUAACUUUGAAUAUCUAACUUUGAAUAUCAAACUUUGAAUAUCUAACUUUGAAUAUCUAACUUUGAAUAUCUAACUUUGAAUAUCUAACUUUGAAUAUCUAACUUUGAAAAUCUAACUUUGAAUAUCUAACUUUGAAUAUCUAACGUUGAAUAUCUAACUUUGAACAUCUACCUUUGAGCUCACUUCUGGUACCCGGGUGCGAAUAGCGACUUCGUUACUAUAUAAAUAGAGUAAAACAAAAUAGUGUGUUCAAAAAGAAAUUUAUCGAAAAUUCGAUCGUGUGAACUGUAAAAAAAAAUCCGAUCAAAUUUCCGUUCGACCAAGCUCCCGUCGAUCAAUUUUCCGUCGACGAAAUUUCUUUCAAGCGAUUUUCCGGAUACGAAACAUAAUAUUUAAGUGAUGGUGGUAUAUAAAAGAAGAAGAAUCGAUUAUUAGAAUAGAGUUCUAUUUGAAGAUAUAUCUAGGCGAUAUUUAUUAACACACAUAUUAUUAAACUAUUUUUAUCACAAAUAAUAGUUCUCUAGGUGUGUAUGCAUGUAUGGCUGUAGCGUCAUGUUCAACUGACGCGCAAAAUAUCCUUUCCAGAAGUUACCACUAAUUGUAACUUAGUGCGUUACUUGAAGGCCUGUCUUGUCAAGUCGUAAACUUUUGUAGCUGGGAGGUUCAUGUAUGGCUGCUGCCAUUGCUUGGGUGGAACAUUUCCCGUGUCAAAUGUUAAUUUAUCAUUGCUGGGAAUGAACCGUUGUUGUUCAUGUGCAUUCUCCUAGAAGCGCCUCCCCCCUCCCCCCAACCACCAACUAAUUUAUUGAUUUAUUGUGCCUCCCUUAAAGAAAAGUAUCAAUUCAAGGGGCCAUAUUUACUUAAUUAAUGGUUUAUUACAAGUCAGUGUCGUCAUAUGACUUUGGAGCGCCCCCCUCCCCCCACUCCUAAAACUUUUCGGUGUUUUACUCCCCGCACGAACCGUUCCACCCCCCCCAUCACAACUUUAAUCCUCUAAAAUAUCUGAGGCCCCAUGCAGCCGCUGGGGUUGCAAGGCCCAUCUCGCGGCUCUGAAGCAAGUAUCACACAACAAUAUCUCAAAACAAGCUACACAUUUGAACAUAACACUAUUGCAGGCUUAGAAAAAUUGCAAAAGGUUAAAAACUCAGCCGCGGGUCAAAUUCUAAAGGUAGUGGUGUGAUCACUUCACACCACUACUUCAUUCACUUCAUUGGCUCCCUAUACAAGCACGGACUGACUACAAACUCUCUGUUCCUUGCCACAACUUUUUCUCGAAUUCCUCCCCUACCUAUCUAACUUAACUUCUCUCUGUCUAUUCACCCCUUCGACAGCUUCGCUCCUCCGCAGACGCGCGUGUUCUUUCUGUCCCCAAGACUCGCACAAAAACAUACGGUGAACGAUCGUUCUCUUUCUGUGCCCACAAACAAUGGAAUUCUCUUCCACUACACAUUCGCAAUGUACCGACCAUCACAGCCUUCAAAACUGCACUCAAAACACAUCUCUUUAAACUCUACUUUCCUGACUGAUUCCCCCCCCCCCCUUUUUCUCUGAUCGCUAAACGAUGUUGACAUGUAACUAGUUCUUGAAUGUGCGGAGUGAAUAUACAUUUGUUUUGUUUUAUUUAAUUAAUAUAUGUUAAUUUUUAAGUUCCUGAUUAUGCUUGUUAAAGUGUAUGUAAAGCAUGGUGAGCCCAGCCCUUGUUAAAGUGUAUGUACAGCAUGGUGAGCCCAGCCCUUGUUAAAGUGUAUGUACAGCAUGGUGAGCCCAGCCCUAGGCUGGGGUCAUCGCGCUUUAUAAAACCACCACUAAUAAUAAUAAUAAUAUUAAGACCUUGCGAUGACACAAUCUCACCCACUUCUCUCCAUCAGAUCUUCCUCGGCUGUGCCAUCACAGGUGUGUCCACGUACGUGCACCUCUACGUUCCCGCCAUCAGGCUGAGGGAGAAACCUUUCUGGGCCGGAGUUCCAGUAAGAUACAAACUGUAAACCUUGCUACACUUAACCCAGAUCUGCCUGUUGGUUUGUGUAACAAUGCAUGGGGGUGUAUGGGCGCCCUUAAUAUGGGGGUGCUAUAACGACCUGGGUGCCGUGAACAUGUGGGUGCUAUAACGACCUGGGGGCUGUGAACAUGUGGGUGCUAUAACGACCUGGGUGCUGUGAACAUAAUAUGGGGGCUAGAAAUACGUGGGGGCUGUGAACAUAUGGGUUAUGUGAAAAUAUGAUUGAUGUGAACAAAUUGGCUAUGUGAACAUAUGGGUGAUGUGAACAUUGGGUUAUGUGAACAUUUGGGUUAUGUGAAAAUAUGAUUGAUGUGAACAUAUGGGGAUGUCAACAUAUAGGUUAUGCGAAUAUAUGGGUGACGUGAAUAUAUGGGUUAUGUGAACAUAUGUGUUAUGUAAACAUAUGAGUUAAGGGAACAUAUGGAUUAUGUGAACAUAUGGGCUGUGUGAACAUAUAAGUUAUUUGAACAUAUGAGUUAUGUGAACAUAUGGGAUAUUUUAACUUAUGGGAUAUGUAAACAUAUGGGAUAUCUUAACAUAUGAGGGUAUGUGAGCGUAUGGGUUAUGUGAACAUAUGAUUGAUGUGCACAUAUGAGUGAUGGGAACAUACGGGUAUGUAAAAAUAUGAGUUAUGGGAACAUGUCGGGUAUGUGAACAUAUGAGUUAUGUGAACAUAUGAGUUAAGUGAACAUAUGUGUUAUGUUAACAUAUAAGUUAUGUGAAUAUAUGGGUGAUGUAAAUAUAUGGGUGAUGUGAAUACAUGGGGUAUGUGAGCAUAUGAUUUAUGUGAACAGUAGCGUAGAAAAAGUGGCGGGGAAUGUUGGCUAUACCCAGGUUGGCACAAUAUGUCUUGACAAUAAGGGGGCAGAAAAAAGUGGUGAGGGGGCGGACGCUAAAAUCUUGGCCCCACGCCCGUGGCACUAACCACCACAUCCAUGCAUACAAGUGCUUUUGGGAUAAGAGGGAUAUGAACAUAUGAGUGAUAUGAAAAAAAAAUGUGUUUUAUGUCUUAAUGCGUUGUGUGAAUUUUUGUAGAUAUGAAUAUCUAGAAUAUCUAUAUCUAUAUAUAUAGCAGUGGGUGCUGUGUGGCUGAUGUUUAUAUAGAGCGCUGGGUGCUGUAACAAAAAAGAGAGAGAUGGUUUAAGUUAAUAUUGAGAAUGAAAUAGGCGCAAUAAUUAACGUAGAGAAUGCGUCUGUUAUGAAUAUGAAAAAAGAUGUUGCCAAAAUACACACCGGUGGCAUAAACCAUCCAGAUUUGGGAUACUCCUUCCAGAUGUGGGAUAAUCCUUCCAGGUGUGGCGUAAUCCAUUCAGAUGUGGCGUAAUCCUUCCAGAUGUGGCGUAAUCCUUCCACAUGUGGCCUAAUCCCUCCAGAUGGGGCAUAAUCUUUUCAGAUGUGGGAUAAUCCUUCCAGAUGUGGGAUAAUAUUUCCUAGAUAUGGGACUAUCCUUCCGGAUGUGGGAUAGCUAAGAAAGUAGUUUUAACAUUUAAAAUAAAUUAUUCAAAACGUCAAAAUACGCGCUGCCAGAGGAACCUUGUGUGAUGGCCUUAUCCAAGUGCAGACAGAUGGCCCCCCUGUGUCAUUACGUACUUACUGAUUCAUCAGCGCCUCUUGUUGUCUACAAACAUUUAUGCACUCUUGUACUUGGGGCUCGCCGUUUAGUGCUCGUCAGUCUAAAAAAAUUGCCCCAGAACAGGUGUGGCUACAUUAGUCAUGUAAGUGAUCAGCACGUGGCUCAGCAUCACCCACCGCAGCCACCACACCUGCUUCGCAUGUUUUUGGUAUUGACUCAAAUCUCGAUAAUUUUGUGUCCCCCAUCUAAAGUCUGAUCAAAGGAACUCUUUCAUUUUAACGAAAUCCAUCUAUGUAGAUCAGGCCGGCACAACAUACGGCCAUUAGGGCACCAGCUUUGCGGCCCACGAAGUAACGAACUAUUAUUUAUUAUUAUCAUUUUCUUUAUGGCGUUUCCCCCCCCCCCCCCCCCCCCCCAUGUCCUAUUUUCUUUCGACCCGCGCUCGUCUGUCUUAAAGUAUUACGGCCCGGCUUACAUUUUGAGUUGUGCAGGCCUGAUGUAGAUAGACUAUUACUAUUAAUCAUCGUAACAAGAACGCAGUCCUUCAUUUAUUAUCCUUUGUUUAUUUCUAAUAAAACUCGAUUCCUCCUGAGCCGCGGCUCUCAACCUGUGAGUAGCAACCCCUUUGAGGGUCCAACGACCCUUACACAAGGGUCGCCUGAGACCAUAGGAAAACAAAUAUUUAUCAAGUAGCAACGAAAAUACUUUUAUGGUUGGGGGAUCAUCACAAAAUCUGGAACUAUCUUAAAGGGUCGCGGCAUUAGGAAGGCUGAGAACCACAGCGGUAGAAUAAGUUCUUCGCGAGGAAGUGGCAUACGUGAACUUUAUUUCAAUAUAUCAAUUAAAUUGUCAAGUACGAGAAGGAACUUGAUUUUGUUCCCUCCUUCCCUAUUCAAUAAGUACCUCUUUCCCUACCCAACAAGCACCUCUUUCACAGACUGUUCCACCCCCACCCCACUUCACUCACAAAUUUUUUGGGGCUCCUAAUUUAUGAUAUUUUAUAAUCACCCUCUGGCGCCACCGAAUGUUAUCUCUCGCCCCCAUCACACCCGUCAUCUCAAAUACCUGUACGACCACCCCCAUCCCCUUCGUCUGUUCUCCGUCCUGGGAUGGCUCUACCUGCACAGACUCACGUGUGGUGCAUAUGUCUCCCGGUAACUGGGAGAUGUAUGACUCCAUGUAUGAGUACCAAUACCUGCAUCGUAUCCCCCCUUCUCAUCACCACAAACCACAUUCCUAUUACCACAGACCGUAUUUUCAUCACCGCAACCCCUUCUCGUCACCACCAACCCACACUUUCAUCACCACUACCCUUUUUCCCCUUUACCACCCAAAACCCCCCUUCCGAUCACCACAAACAUACUUCCCAUCAAAUCAACCCCCCCCCUCCUCUCAUUACCACAAAACCCUUAUCGUCAAAGCACAACCCCCACAUCUCAUCACUACAACCCCCACAUCUCAUCACUACAACCCCCACAUCUCAUCACUACAACCUAACCCCCACAUCUCAUCACUACCACCCCCACAUCUCAUCACUACAACCCCCACAUCUCAUCACUACAACCCCCACAUCUCAUCACUACAACCCCCACUUUCUAAUUCUCCACAAAAAUCCAAACUUCAAAUGAUAUCCAUGCUCUGUCUCUUCAUGGCAUCCCACCCACCCACCCCCUUUUUUUUCUCUUCAAAUCCUUCCACUUCAAACUUAACACAAACGACGUAGAAGAACACCAUACGAUUAUUUCUCCUCAAUUAUUUCUCCUCAAUUAUUUCUCCUCAAUUAUUUCUCCUCAAUUAUUUCUCCUCCCCAUUUUUGCUCUAAAACAAAAUAAAAUAAAAAAUUUAAAAAAAACGAUUAAAAACAGAGGAAGACAUAAAAUAAUCAUAUGAGACAAGUUAUUCGAAAAACAACAUGACUUGAGAUAACCAGACUUAUCUUUUUUUUUGUAAAUACCUUGUCCGGGUGUUAAGUCUUUUUCUAAACGGAAAGUAUGGCUCUGUUGUUGGGGUGAGUUUUUGGUGUUGUUUUGUUUUGUUGUAUUUUUGUAUACAUUUAAAUUGCUAUCAUCACCACUGGAAUAAUUAGGGGGUGGGGAAGAAAAGCUACACGAGCAGACUCAUUAUCAGGGCGUUUCUUGAAAUGAUUUGACGUCUUCGCAAAACUUGAUUUGAAAACAAGAAACUCCAUUAUGAUUCUCACGACAGAAGGACGAAGAUUCUGGGCCGAAUUUAGCUCCAUAACUUAUAAAUAAAUUAGAUUGGCACCUAGAGGUUUAAUGGAGAAAACAAAUAAUUUAAAAAAAAGUAAAUUAUUUUCUCUAAUAUUGUGAGGCAGUGCACUACAGUGUUGUGCCAGUAUGGUGCACUAGUGCACUACAAGUUGUACUAGUGUGGUGCACUUGUGCACCUUGGCGCCGACGAUUAAUUCAUGUUCCCGGGGUUCCUCCCCUCCCCGAAAAUAAAAGUUUGUUUACCCUGGGUGAUAUGGAAAUCGCCACCACCUAUUAUUUUGAGGGGCAUCAACUGAAGAUUUGGGAGCCGCUGUCCUCAACCCCCGUUAUCGUUCAUAUUUAUAUCUGCUGUUUAAAUUUGUCUGCCUCAUUCUUAUCUGGUCUGCACUGACAAUGGGGUGAAUGCUUAUUAAACUCUUAAUUUUGUGCUCACCAGACGCGACACGUGCUGUUACGGCCACUGAAUCUACCAGUUAUAAGCUCCAGAUACUCCACUGAAUCUACCAGUUAUAAGCUCCAGCUACUCCAAUGAAUCUACCAGUUAUAAGCUCCAGAUACUCCACUGAAUCUACCCGUUAUAACUUCCAGAUACUCCACUGAAUCUACCCGUUAUAAGCUCCAGCUACUCCACUGAAUCUACCAGUUAUAAGCUCCAGCGACUCCAAUGAAUCUACCCAACGACAGCAUUGAUCGUAUUCGCAGACACCAAAAGGAGUAUUCGACUCCACGGAACAAUUCUUUGGUUAACGGAGUGAGACUGCUAAAAAACGCUAUUUUUUUCCUUUCCGCCGAUGCUGUUCAGCAACUUUUUGUAUUCGUAUUUAAAAGACCCACAUCUCCCGUGACCCCCAUGUUACAAAGACCCACUUCUCCCGUGACCCCCAUGUUGCAAAGACCCACUUCUCCCGUGACCCCCAUGUUGCAAAGACCAACUUCUCCCGUGACCCCCAUGUUGCAAAGACCCACUUCUCCCGUGACCCCCGUGUUGCAAAGACCCACUUCUCCCGUGACCCCCAUGAUGCAAAGACCCACUUCUCCCGUGACCCCCAUGUUGCAUAACCAGGGCUUGUUAGAGAAUUAUACCGUUGGCCUGUGGACUCCUAUUGAAGUGACACGACGUGAUUUCUUAAACAUUAAAUUUUGUAAAAUGUUUGUUUAUGGCUGAGGUGGUUGGCUUGGUGGGUUGGUUCGGCGGGGGGAAUGGGUUGAAUAAAAGGGGGGGGGGGAGACAGUAGAGAGAGCUUCUACGCCUCAGUGAAAGUAAAAAAAUAAAGGACUCUGAUUGGUGCACUUGAAAACUGGUCGCGCCAAGUUUACCUUGCUUGAAUUUGAACCUGGGGGGGUUGGGGGGGGGUGGGGGGGGGGGAGACAGUAGAGAGAGCUUCUACGCCUCAGUGAAAGUAAAAAAAUAAAGGACUCUGAUUGGUGCACUUGAAAACUGGUCGCGCCAUGUUUACCUUGCUUGAAUUUGAACCGACACAAGAGUACGGUGAAUAUUUUUUUUUUAUUAUUGUCUUCUCCACUCAAUAGCUCAAGGGUACCAUCCUCUUGAAUAAAUAUUUGUACAACAUCAAUGAAGCCAAUUAAAUAUCUCAACAUCCGCUCUCUUAAGAUAUAUAUUUUUUUUAAAUUAGAACGAGCUGAUGCCCCUCCACUCCCACCCCCUCUCCUCUCUCUGUUUCACUCGCCUGAAAGUGUCUGGUCUCAAACCUCAGCCCCGGAACGUUUUAUCUUAGAUAACUAGAUAGGAAGAAAGUAUCACUAGUAUCAUAAGAAGGUAUCACUAGUAUCAUUUACAUACAGAUACUGAUACAUUGAUAGCGGUCUUGGGUGUUUUUUUGUGUGUAAAAAUUCGAAAAAUCUUAUCUUUUUUUUAAAAAUGUUUUCUUCAGUUUAUGGCUUUAAUCGGAUGCGUGUAUCUCGAAAAACUCGAGGUUGCAGAACCGUUGCAGAGACACAGGGCGAUGAGCAUUGCUAAAACAUUUAGGUCAGGGGUUAACAAACUUUUUUUUUGAGUGAAGAGACAUUUUUAUGGAUUAAAUGUGUAAAGAAAAUAUAUGGUUAGCUCCCAUGUUAUUUAAGAUGAGUCAUGUGAAGAAAAAAUAUAAGACUGUGUCUACGCCUUCAAAGAGCCGGGUGAGGUCAGUGCCCGACCACUUCAAAGAGCCGGGUGAGGUCAGUGGCCGACCACUUCAAAGAGCGGGUGAAGUGAGUGGACGCUAACUGAUGGAAGCAUCUUGGAGUUGUUCUUAUAUCACGAGCGUCCUAAAUCAUUUUUUUAAAACGACGCUCGUCAAAUAAGGGGAGACCAGCAACCCAUAAACAAUUACAAAAAAAAAAAACGUUUUAUAGAGUUGUCUCCCUUCAGACAACUCCUCCUCUCCUCCCCCCCUUUACGCACACGCCUGGAACACUGGGAACACUUGGAACAUUAUGACGUUGUCCGGUCAAAUGUUCCAUCAGAGCUGCAUUAGAUAUUUUAAUUACUUGGAUUGAUCGAUCAGUGGCGUCACUAGGGUUGGGGUCCCUCGGGGCGUGUUGUAAAAUCAUGAUGUCACCCCCCCCCACCCCUUCCUUCCACUCACCCCGAUGGCCUUCUUCCAAGUCAUAUAAAAUUCACUGAGUUGCUUAGAACUGCAGAGACAUUGAUAUUGCAACGCUUUCAUGGACUCCUUCGUCUGGUGACACCCAAUUCUCAUGGACUCCUUCGUCUGGUGACACCCAAUUCUCAUGGACUCCUUCGUCUGGUGACACCCAAUUCUCAUGGAACCAUGGUCUGCUAGCGCCUAUUUCUGAUGGAUCCUUGGUCUGUUAGCAUCUAUUUCUGAUGGAUCCUUGGUCUGUUAGCAUCUAUUUCUGAUGGAUCCUUGGUCUGUUAGCGCCUAUUUCUGAUGGAUCCUUGGUCUGUUAGCGCCUAUUUCUGAUGGAUCCUUGGUCUGUUAGCGCCUAUUUCUGAUGGAUCCUUGGUCUGUUAGCAUCUAUUUCUGAUGGAUCCUUGGUCUGUUAGCGCCUAUUGUGCCGAGUGCUUAGAUGACAUAGACUGAGAUGCACCUGGUGCCGUGCCGAGUGCAUAGAUGACAUAGAUUGAGAUGCACCUGGUGCCGUGCCGAGUGCAUAGAUGACAUAGACUGAGAUGCACCUGGUGCCGUGCCGAGUGCAUAGACGGGAAAACGAUUCGGAAAAAAAAAAUCCCUUUGAAGCCGUUGUUAAUUAAUUUAAGAUGAGUUCCAAUGAGCAAUAACACUAGCCAAAAAGAUAGCACCCUAAUCUUUAGGGCCAAAAGCACCUGGGCUACCUGUACUAUUUUUAGUUUAGACACUCGGUAAAGUUUACGCCCGUUUAUUACAUCGUUUCCUACGUUAGAUAAGCCGAUGUCUUCAACGUGAUAGAACUGAUAUAUGUAUAUCUUAUUAUUUUUUUAAAAGUAUUCUUUUCUCCUUGCAGCUCCUGUUCGCUGGCCUCAGUGGCGUGUUCUUCUGUAUUAAAGACAAGAAGACAGAGGAAAUCUCUAUGACUUUGUUGGUCAUCAAGGUACAACAUAUAUAUAGGAGCCAAAAUGAUCAAUAAAUUGAUCGUGGGCCCUUAAGAUAUAGAAGAAGAAUGUAUAUAUAUAUAUUCCUUUUUAAGAGACUUUUUUAUGAAGACUAAUUUUUAGGGUGACAAUUGUACUCUGUUAAUUAUCGACGAAAGAAGAGUAUUAUUUUUUUUCCUACAACGUACGCCUAGAAAAUCCUGGUAUAGUGACUUAGCUCUUUAGGCGGGAAUAUCACUUAGCAGUAGAAUCUAAACGACUGAAUGUCGACCGUUGAUCAGAGGCUAAAUGCCGAAAUGUACAAGUGCCAAUCUCUCCUCUCCCCCCCCCCCCCCCCCCCCCCCCCCCCCCCCCCCCCCCCCCCCCCCNUAUGGUAAACAGUUACGACCAAUGGUUAUGGUAAACAGUUACGACCAAUGGUUAUGGUAAACAGUUACGACCAAUGGUUAUGGUAAACAGUUACGACCAAUGGUUAUGGUAAACAGUUACGACCAAUGGUUAUGGUUAACAGUUACGACCAAUGGUUAUGGUAAACAGUUACGACCAAUGGUUAUGGUAAACAGUUACGACCAAUGGUUAUGGUAAACAGUUACGACCAAUGGUUAGGGUAAACAGUUACGACCAAUGGUUAUGGUAAACAGUUACGACCAAUGGUUAUGGUAAACAGUUACGACCAAUGGUUAUGGUAAACAGUUACGACCAAUGGUUAUGGUAAACAGUUACGACCAAUGGUUAGGGUAAACAGUUACGACCAAUGGUUAGGGUAGGUGAAAAGGUAGGGUUCUUGAUAUUUUUUAUCAACUUUUCUUAUCUUAUUUGCCCACGAAGACCCAGCAAGACCGGAGCUGUAACUCUGUGUCGUCAACUCAGCUGCAAUCUUACAGGUCAGCACGAGACAGACUGAAUCGACCGAGCGAGAGGGUCACGUGUGGCAACAGCAAAGUAUGCUGCAAAGUUACCAGCUUAUAAACCCCAUAGAAUUGCGAGUAGAAAGAAAAUAUAUUUUUUUAACUUUUAAAACGAACAACAAACAACAAAAAUUGAAUUUCAGAAAACGUGUUAUGUUUACAUUUGUUUUUCUUAUACUGUUUGCGUCAUCCAGACAGCCUGCAGUGUUGUAGCUGCCAUCUCCAUCUUCCUUUGUGUAACAGCGGCUGUUUUCUGUGGCAUCCAUGUUGGACAGCUUUUCACCUACGCCUACUGUGAACACCUGGACAAUGGAUGCCUAUGUUUUCACUCACUCGACCAGUUAACCAAGUAAGCAUUGCCUGUUGGGGUGUCCCGAGUUUGCGAAAGGAUAAUGAACCCACUGUGUUUUGUGUGCGUCUGCGUGUGUGUGAGUGUGUGUGUGUAUGUAUGUGUGGCACCGCCCUUGAAAUAACCAAGGCGCAUACAUCUGGGCUGAUAAUGUCCCCUGACAACUGUACUCCUGCUCUUGGCGAUGCUGUUUUGUACAAGGGUGUACACAACUUUACUGCUGCUGGGAUGAAAAUUUAAUGUAUAUACAUUUUUUAAAACCAGUUUUUAACUUAGAAUAAAUCUCUAAACCCUACCUGUUAAAUCUUAGUUACUCCUCACGCUACCAUACUGCGUUGAACACAGAGGGAAGGGGUGUGUGGUGGAGUAACAGGUCUGACCAUUUUCUUUCGUCUGCUUUUCAUUGAGUGUUGCUUGGGGUUAAAAUAUAAUAAUGAUUCAAAAUUACCCGCCAAACCCUUUUAAAAAAAUCGAUCAAUUUGGGAUGGCCCCUGUUGCACUGAAAAUUGAAAAAAAAAAUUAUUAAAAACUACAAAAAAAUCUCGAAUGAAACAUGUCUGUUAAAUAGGUUACGAUGUCCGAUCAAAUAUGUCCGAGAAUUACAUUUAAUUUGUAUUACUUGAAUAGCUUGAUAAAAAGCGUCACUAGGGUUGGGGUCACUUGGAGCGUGAAAUUCAUGGUGCCCCCCCUACCCCCACGGGGUCACCCCCAUGGAAUUAUUCCUAUUCAUCAUGCAAAAUAUGAUAAUUAAUUUGCAUCUAUUUAUAUUUUUUUUAAGCGAGACUUUUAAAUACAGGCUUAAAAAAAAGUCUCUUUCUCUCGGCUUACAUAAUGCAGUUAGCCUAUGAUUACACAGUUUAGCCUAUGAUUACACAGUUUAGCCUAUGAUUACACAGUUUAGCCUAUGAUUACACAGUUUAGCCUAUGAUUACACAGUUUAGCCUAUGAUUACACAGUUUAGCCUAUGAUUACACAGUUUAGCCUAUGAUUACACAGUUUAGCCUAUGAUUACACAGUUUAGCCUAUGAUUACACAGUUUAGCCUAUGAUUACACAGUUUAGCCUAUGAUUACACAGUUUAGCCUAUGAUUACACAGUUUAGCCUAUGAUUACACAGUUUAGCCUAUGAUUACACAGUUUAGCCUAUGAUUACACAGUUUAGCCUAUGAUUACACAGUUGGUCUGUUUGGAUCCCCCAAGCUAAAUUUUUGUUCACCCUAGCUUUGAGGAUCAUCAAUAUGUUAAAUGAAUGGUGAACUUGGAGUGGGCGUGUCUGAAAAAUGGAUGUGGGCUACUACAGUGGUGGGGGAAAUGAACAACAUAAAUUUAAAAAUGUAUAAAACAAUCUCGGUCUAACCUAGGUGAAACACGGAUUACCUAACCUAGGACCUAAGAAAGGACUACUCCAGCUGGGUCAAAUUUAUUUACCAUCAAUUAUUUUUUGUAAUUGUAACAACAAUUUUUUUUUUUUUCUUUAAUUUCAACCUGUGUUCCAGAACGUAUCUCUACACUCCAGUGCACGAUUGCUUCUUCGUUUACUGCUACAUCAAAAUUUUCAUCAUUACUGCUGGAUCCUUGUGUGUCCUGGGUAGUUUGGUGGCCUGCACUUUUGUUGUCACUAUAUGGAGGUCAAGGUACGGUCAGAUCGACACGGCAUUAGAAUAAAGAUUAAAGACUCGAUGGACACAUCAUUAGAUUAAAGAUUAAAGACUCGAUGGACACAUCAUUAGAUUAAAGAUUAAAGACUCGAUGGGCACAUCAUUAGAUUAAAGAUUAAAGACUCGAUGGACACAUCAUUAGAUUAAGUCUAAUAUUCUAAACAAAUAUAAUUGGCAUGAUAACAUUUUACAGUGUAAAGAUGAAGUCAAUCGUAACUUUGUUCACUCGGCUAAGGAGCACAGUGAAAACCCAUGAUAAUAAAUGGUCAGGUGGCCCUUAUCAAAUGUCCAGGUGGUCCUUACCAAAUGUCCAGGUGGUCCUUACCAAAUGUCCAGGCGGUCCUUACCAAAUGGCCAGGUAUCAGAGCUUUUGAAAUUAAAAAAGAGGUCAUCUUGGGCUUUCCUUAACUCUGCCACAACCAUUGGUAAUCCUGCUACAGUACGUAUUAACUGCAACAUGUGUUCUUAUGUGGAUAUUGUAUGGGCAGUUUUGAAUGUAGUUGAGAUAGAUGGAGAGGAAGAGAGUGAGAGAGAGAGAGAGAGACAGACAGACAGAGAGAGAGAGAGGAUGAUAGAGAGAGUGAUGGGUAAUAUAUAAAUUGACAUAAAGUCUUAAUAAAAUUAUUUUUUUUUACAGAUUUUGUACAGAUAUUUUAUAUUUUUGAACUAUUAAUUUGUUUGUGUGUGUGUAAUUGUAUUUGUUGACAUGGCUAUUGGUUGUUUGUGUGUGUGUAAUUGUAUUUGUUGACAUGGCUAUUGGUAAACAAAUUCGAAGGAGUUGAAAGUUUGAAACCUUCUGAGAUUCAAGAACUGAAUCCUAUGUUAUGUUAAGCACCAGUGGCAUAAGUCCAUCCUCACUCAAUGUUGUCAUUUAAAAAAAUAUUUAA